UUUAAAUUUUUUUAUUUAAUUCUUUUUUCUUGCUUCCUCUCCACUUUCCUUAAAUUAAUAACUCUCUUUAUACUUUUAUAAUAUGUCUGCUAGCUUUUCUGCAAUACCUCCCUCCCACUCUGUCUUCUCUCUCCAACUUUUUAAGUGACUUCCAACCUCAACAACAACAAAAAAGAAUACCCAUCUCAUAAUUCUCAUCAAAAUUCAUUUUUUAAAACUUUAAUCAAGAUUUUCUUGCUAUGGAGAGGGAUAAGAUAUGGAGUUCACUACAAUUUGGCAUGGAAAUUCAAGCUAAUGAACUGAACUCCACUUCAGAACAAAUACCCAGUUGUUAUUUUAAUCCAAAUUAUGAUAAUUCAGUGGAUCAAAGUGAUCCAUUUGAGUCUGCUUUGAGUUCUAUAGUGUCAUCACCAGCUACAUCAAAUCUUGGACUUCAAGCCAAGAAUGGUGAUCAGCAAAACAUUGUUUUAAGAGAACUUAUUGGUAGACUAGGUAGUAUAUGUAAUUCUGGUGAUUUGUAUAAUGCUAACAAUAGUACUAAUACUUCUUGUUAUAAUACUCCAUUGAAUUCUCCUCCAAGAUUGAAUCUUUCUGUGAUGGAUCAUCAGAUCAGAGCUGGGAAUUUGCCUUUUUCACCUGAUCCUGGUUUUGCAGAGAGGGCUGCUAAGUUUUCUUGUUUUGGUGGUGGGAGUGGGGGGAAAUUGGGACAGGUUGGGGGAUCUCAGAUGGGAAUUCAAGAAAGUAAAAAUGGGUUUUCGAGCGAGGGGAACAUGAAGGUGGUGUCAAGGUCUUCAAGUUUGGAGAAAUGUGAGGUUGGUGCGGAGUCUAUGGAGGAGUCUUCAGUUUCUGAGCAGAUCCCAGGUGGGGAAAUUGGAUUGAAAGGACAGAAAGAUGGUAAUGGUAAGAAAAGAAAGGCAAUUCCAAGAGGGAAAGCUAAGGAAAUUGUAUCUGGUCCUUCUGUCAAAGAAGAUAAGGUUUCGGAUGAGAAUGAUGAAUCAAAGGCGAAAAGAAGUAAAGCAGAUGAAGGAAAUCAGAAACAAUGUAAAGACAAUUCUAAGCCUCCGGAGCCUCCAAAGGACUAUAUUCAUGUUAGAGCUAGAAGGGGACAGGCCACUGAUAGUCAUAGUCUGGCUGAAAGAGUUCGGAGAGAGAAAAUUAGUGAAAGAAUGAAGUUCCUCCAAGAUCUUGUCCCUGGCUGCAAUAAGGUUACUGGGAAAGCUGUUAUGUUGGACGAGAUUAUAAACUAUGUGCAGUCAUUGCAACAGCAAGUUGAGUUCCUUUCGAUGAAAUUAUCUACUGUUAAUCCUCGAAUGGACUUUAACAUGGAAGACAUUCUCUCGAAAGACAUUUUCCAGUCUUGUGCUUCCCUUCCCCAAAACAUUUAUCCAGUGGAUGCUUCGGCUCAGACUUUCCCUUAUGCAUUUCAGUCUCAGCAAGGUUCUAAUUUACAAAGUUACAUGAUGCCUAAUGGAACAAAAAGUCAAUCACUCAUGAAUUCUUUAACUGCUACAAUUCGUCGAAACCCGGGAACGCAACAGCCUCCAAAUGAUGGAUAUAACACUGGUGUUGCCUCUCAGAUUCCUUCAUAUUGGGAUGAUGACCUCCAAAAUGUUGUGCAGAUGGGAUUUGGCCAGAAUCAACAACAAAACUUUUAUGCACUUCCUAAUGCAGCCUCAGAUGCCACAAACCAUAUGAAAGUUGAGCCAUGAAUAGUGCCUGUCAGCAUUACGGAAUUGAUUUGAGGCCCCAGCUGAUGAGGGGCAUCUGUAUAUACAGAGACAGGCCAUGCCGAAACAAAUUUAUAUCAAGAUAAUAAGAGGAAUUUUUUUCCCUCAUUCAUUCUUGUUUUCUUCUUUAUAGUGAUUUUAUCUGAACUAAUACAAAUUUUUUAGAAUUUUUUGAGAUCCGUCUAUUGUAUAAGUUUAGAACUAAUCACGGCAAAGUGAUGUCCAAAUCUCUACAACCACAUGUCGUAUAUUGUGAUAGCACAGUACAAAGGUGUUGUAGGGUCAUGAGAAAGAAACAUCUCACUGUAAGCUUUUGUAUUUUCCUCAUUGUAUCUUAACUUUUCAGAAACUUCUCAUCAAUGUAUCUACCUUGUGAAUUUGUUACAUUUUGUGGGGAUAUUUUACUUUA